AUGGAGGAAGCUACACAAAAUUCAUCUCCGCUCAAACUGCAAGAUAAAGUCGCCGUCGUCACCGGCGGCUCCAGAGGGAUCGGGCGAGCCAUAUCGCUCCACCUCGCUUCACUCGGUUGCAAACUCGUUAUUAAUUACACCGCGAACUCAGUUCAAGCGAAUCUCCUCAGUAGCGAGCUCAACGCCGCCUCUUCAACUUCACGCGCCGUCGCGGUGCAAGCCGACAUCUCCGACCCGCUGCAGGUGAGUCGCCUCUUCGAUGCGGCCGAGUCAUCCUUCAACUCGCCCGUCCACAUCGUCGUCAACUCGGCCGGCGUGCUCGACUCGUCGUACUCCUCUGUAUCAGAUACAAAUAUAGAUGACUUCGACCGCACGUUUCGAGUCAACACGCGCGGCGCGUUUCUGUGCAUGAAGGAGGCGGCGAGUCGGCUGGGUUGUGGCGGGAGGAUCGUGUGCAUGACGUCAUCGAUGGUGGCGGGGUUGAAGCCGGGGUACGGGGCGUAUGCGGCGUCCAAGGCGGCGGUGGAGGCGAUGGUGAAGGUGAUGGCCAAGGAGCUGAGAGGGAGGGGGAUCACGGUGAACUGUGUGGCGCCGGGGCCGGUGGCGACGGAGAUGUUCUACGAAGGGAAGACGGAGGAGAUGGUGGAGAGGGCGGUGGCGGAGUGUCCGUUGGGGCGGUUGGGGGUGGUGGAGGACGUGGCGCCGGUGGUGGGGUUUCUGGUAAGUGAGGAGGGAGGGUGGGUUAAUGGCCAGGUCAUUAAAGUUAAUGGUGGUUAUGUGUGAGUUUAUUAUUUUGGUUUAAGAUUAUAAUCGGUUCCUAAUCAUUAUUAAUUCUACAGUUAAUUUACGGAUUCAAAAUAUAAAAUGUACUCUCUCGGUUCUAUAAUUUAUUCUUAAAAUUUUUCUUUUCUGUCUAAAAA